AUGUCUGAGACCGCGACUCCUGAAGUUCUCUGGGCCCAGCGCUCCUCCGACUCGGACCCCGAGAAGAACUUCAUCUACCUGACAAUCUCUGUCCCCGAUGUCCCCAAGGAAGGCCUCACGCUCGACCUGAAGCCCACUGGCCUAAAUUUCACCGGCACCUCGGGCACCCUCAAGCGCAAGUACCACGUCGAGCUCGAGUUCUACGCCGAGAUCGACCCCGAGCAGAGCAAAAUCAACCACACAGCCAAGAACAUUGAGUUCAAGUUGCAGAAGAAGGAUCUCAAGGAAGAGUACUGGCCCCGCCUGCUCAAGGACUCGAAGCGGUUGCACUUCCUCAAGACCGACUUCGACAAGUGGGUCGACGAGGACGAGCAGGAAGAGGCGGCCGAGCAAGACUUCAACCAAUUUGGCGGCAUGGGUGGCAUGCCCGGCAUGGGUGGUAUGGGUGGUAUGGGCGGCGAAGGCGGCGACUUUGGCGGCAUUGACUUCUCUAAGCUGGGCGCUGGAGGCAUGCCUGAUCUUGGUGGCCUUGGUGCUGGCGUCAACCCUGAUGAUCUUGGUGACGAUGACGACGAGGACGAUAUGCCCGCGCUUGAAGGCGACAAGAAGGGAGAUGCGGCUCCCGCUGAUGCUACGAAGGCAUAA